AUGUCAGCACUCCCUCCGCCUCUCUCCAACAUUGCUACCCCCGAUACCGUUCCGAUCGGUGCCCUAUUCGUUAAUCCCCAGGACCUCUACGAGGAUCUUCAUGACUCCUUCCCCACCCGUACGGACCUUCCAACAUCUAUCGUCAUCAAGCCUUUUGGCAUCUACAAGACCAGCUCGACGAUGAAUAAAACCUCGAAGCUACGUUCUACUCUAGUUGACUUACUAGCUCAUACCCGUCACUCUACCGACACCUCUGCUAGUGAGCUCUCUGCCUCGGAGGGCGAGCGUCACACUAUAUUGAGCCAUUCUACAUGGUUCGAGGCCCAGUGCAGAAGCGAAGAGACAAGACAAUGGAUUCUCAAAAAGUGGCAACAGAGACACGAUAUCUACCUGAUUGUCGGGCUCCUAAUCUUGAACAAUGCCAAAUUGGUGGUUGAGAGUGGCGUAAGCGUGGAUCGAGCGCGGCAGGCAAGGAUGUCAUUACCGGCUGGGUUCGCGAUGGCCUGGACAGGAGCUGGCACAAUUGGUGGUGCAUCAUUAGCAAAACGUACUAGUACCAGGAUCGAUUCUCAGUUUGAGGCGCCGGGGAAAUCAGUUUUUGGAGUGUGGUAUCGAAAGAUUCGGGUUGGAUGGCUACGGAGUAGAGACCUUGCAAUUGAUAGUAGUCGGUUAGCAGCCAGUACCACGUGGAAACCAUUAUGGGAAUGGAGGGGUACAGAGAAGCGGGGUGAAUAUGAUAGAGGGGAUUCUGAUUAUGAUGAUGAUGACGAAGAGGAUGAUGACGAAGAGGAUUAUGACGAAGAUGAUGAUGACGAAGCGGAUGAUGAUGAUGAUGAUGAUGAUGAUGGGGAUGGUGAUGGUGACGAACUUGACGGUUAUGGUGGAAAGAAAGACCUCGUCCGUGUAGAACUUGAGACAGACAGCGGAUGGGAAGAUGAAUGA